GCAGAUGGUGUCAGUUGGGCUGCAGACGGGGGCUGGAGGCUGUUGGAGGGCUGAGGGGCGCGGCAGGGCAGGGGAGCAGUAGAACCAGGUGCUCAGGAGCCGCAGCCGAGCCCCUGCAGGCACAAUGUCGGCCGGGCAGGACCCACGGCUUGGUUUCAUGGAGAGCUUGGUCACGGCGUUGCUGCGCAUCUCGAGCGACAAGUGGAGCAAGUUUGCGAGCAGCGAGGAGGUCACAACCACGCUGGACAAGUUCUUCAAGCAGCAGGAUGCGCUGGAGCUGGUGUUGGGGCUGAACUCCUCUGGGCAGCUCCUGUCCACUAUGGGCUUCCCAUCUGCCCAGAAGGGCAAGGGCAUCUACUUUGUGAAGAAGAAGGGAGAGAACAUCACCCAGGAGAACUGCCAGAGCAGUCUUCUGGUGGGAGACAUUGGCCCCUCGCCUGUGGAGCAGCUCAUCACCGUGCUGCUGGAGGUCGUGUCCCCCCUGCUUCUGAGUGAGGAGCAGGGGCUGGGCUGGCCCAGGAUAGUGGUGGAGGAUAUUGUGCAACAGACCCACCAGCUGCAGAGCAGGAUGUUCGUGAUGGGCGGGAAGAUCCAGGGGAAACCGCUGCUCCCACUUCCCGAGCACCUGAUCAGCUGGGAUGACUCUGGCGCCGCCCUGGACUGCCUGGUGGGGCCUGCAGAUGGUCCAGUGCUGCACUCCAUCGAGACUAUCGUCAUUGAGUGGUCCCAGCAGAUCGAAGAGAUCUUGAGCCAGGACUCAGCACGGCUGCUGCUGGAGGGACUGCACCCCCUGCCCAGGGUCGAGUUCGAGUUCUGGCAGAUGAGGAUGACCAACCUGCAGUGUAUCAACGACCAGCUGCUCUCACCCCAAGUGACAGUGCUGGCCAAGACGCUGGAGAAGGCCAACAGCUGCUACUGGCCACCGUUGCAGAACAUGUUCAGGGCCGUCAGUGCUGGCCUGGAGGAAGCCAAAGACGUCAGCCUCCAUCUGCAACCGCUGCAGGUGCUGCUGGAGGAGAUGGAACAAUCAGAUUAUUCCCAGCUGCAGCCCUUUGUGCCCAAGGUGCUUUGCACUGUCUGCCUGCUCCGGGUUCACUGCCAGCUCUACCACUCACCUACCCACCUAGCCCGUGUCCUGCAGGAGAUCUGCAACCUCCUCAUCGCCAUGACCCAGAAGUUCCUGAGCCCUGAGGAUGUGCUGAAGGGGCUGCAAGGAGAGCCCCAGGAGACCCUAGAGGGAAUCAAACUGAGCAUCUCCACCAUAGAGAAGUUCUUCCAGUCCUACAGCACUUACUGCUGCAACCUGAUGCCCACGCUGUUCCCGGAAGAGCCACAGCUCUGGGAGUUCCCCCCCACCCGCACCUUCAGAAGGAUGGAAACCUUCUUGCACAGGCUCAAGACCAUCGAGGAGCUGUUCCAGGCAGCCAUUGACUUCCUGAAGCUGGAGAAGACAGUUCUGGGAGGAGUGCGAGGAAACUUCCUUGGGAACUGGGUGUUGCAGAUCUCUGAAGAGAUCUGUGAAGUCACCAAGAGUUUUGCUGAUCGCAAAUAUGAUCCCUUGGAUCCCAGUGAAGAGCAAUGGAACAGAGAUUUUGCAGAGUUCCAGAAGAAGGUUCAGGAUGCGAACAGGCAGCUGGCUGCUGUCUUCUGCCAGGGCUUUGAAGACUGCAACCACCUGUCAGCUGCCGUGAAGCUGGUGCACAUGUUUGCCUCCGUGCUGGAGCGACCCUUGAUCAGAGCUGAGGCUUCCCCUUGCUACUUGGCCCUGCUGGGAAUGUUUGAGGCUGAGCUGGAGAGCGUGAAGGUGCUGUACGACACCCAGACUGUGUCCCUGCCACCCCCCGGGGGAGCCCCAUCCGUCCACAAGAACAUGCCACCGGUGGCUGGGCAGAUGAAGUGGGCUCUGGAGCUGCAGCAGAGGCUGGAGAGGCCACGCAGGGACUUGCUGGCCAUCGACCACCCUGCCAUGGUGGGUCCUGAGGCUGAGCUGGCGACUGGGAAAUACGAGGAAAUGAUGGCACUGCUGCAAGGUUACAGCAAGAAAGUCUACGGGGAGUGGGCGAGUGGAGCUGGCAAGGAAUGCCACUUCAGCCUGGAGCAGCCACUGCUCUGCAGGGACCCCAUCUCUGCCCUCCUCAGUGUGAACUUCAGCAAAGAGCUCACUGCCGUCCUGCGGGAGGUGAAGUACCUGAACAUCCAGCAGCAGCAGGACAUCCCGGAGAGUGCUGAGCAGCUCUUUGCCCAAAAUGAGACUUUCCAAAAGCUUGGGGACAACCUGGCGCUCAUCGUGGGCUGGUACAACGAGGUGAAGCAGGGGAUGCUGCCAGUGGAGCAGCCGCUGGUGGCAGGGGAGCUGAAGGCCCUGGACAGCCGCCUGGCCAGCGCUGAGCAGUCCCUGUUCUGGAACCAUGAAGGUGUCAUGGAAUACAUCCAGGAGAUAAGGGACACCCUGCAAGACCUGCAGGGACGGGUCCAGAGAGUAAAGUUGAACCUGAAGAAUAUCACCCAGCUGAUGGAGGACUGCUCUGCCACUCCCUUGUUUAGAAGGAAGGAGAACAAGGCAACUGCACUCCUGGACCUGGAAGGGAGAGAAAACGCCUUAACUGAGCGCCGCACUGUCAUCGAGAACACGGGCACGAGGAUCCAGGGGAUGGUGGAGGAGAAUGCAACUCUGUUUAAGGCUGACAAGUCCUCGCGGAUAUGGCUGGACUAUGUGGAACACAUAGACAGAAUCGUACUGGAGGGGCUCUGCAGAUUUGUCCAGAAAUCCCUGCAAAUACUGCUCAGCAACAUGGACCCUGAUGCCGAGGUGUCCCCGCUGUUCGAGGUGCAGAUGGAGCUGUGCGAGGGCCGGGUGCGGUACCAGCCUUCGCUGGAGGUGGGGGCUGGCGACAACUUCCUGACGCUGGUGGAGGGGCUGCUCGGGGACACCGAGGCAGCAGUGGCCUCCACGCCACGGCUCCUGGAGGGGGCAGUCAGCUACAAGACGGCGCUGGAGGAGCAGCCAGACCUUGGGAGGAUGCGGGAGAAGGUGGUGUCGCUGGUGGUCAGCACGAUGGAAGAGGGCGAGGAGUUCAGCGCCAGCUUUGAGGAGCACUCACACCUGUGGCAGGAGACCCCUGAGGAGUUCCUUCAGCGCUUCCUCACCUUGGGCACUGCCCCCAAGCCUGAGGAGGUGCAGCCGGAACCACCUCCAGAAGAGCCUGCGACCGGUGGGAUCCCAUCCCUCCAGCUCUUUAAGGAGGAGAUCGAUUCACUCGAGGCGCUCCAUGAAGAGGUGUUGGGGUUUGCUGACACCACAGUGUUUGGGGGGUGGCUGCUGAGCGACUGUCGCCUCUUCAAGAAAGCACUGCUGGACGUCAUCGAGGGCCAGAGCCUGGUGCUCCGCCAGUACCUCACCCACCACGUCACCUCCAGUCUCCAGGAGCUGGAGGAUUUCAUCCAAGAGUCUACUGCCGGCUUGAGUAAACCUCUGGAGGAGGGAGACUAUGAUGGACUGGUGGAAGUGAUGAGACAUCUGGCAAGGGUCAAGGAGAGGCAGGCAGCAACCGAUGUCAUGUUUGAGCCCUUGAAGGAAACAGUUGCCCUGCUCCAGACUUACGGGGAUGAGAUGCCGGAGCAGAUCCACCUGCAGCUUAACAAGCUGCCCGAGCGCUGGGACAACAACAAGAGGCUGUGCGUGCGAGUUGCGGACAGCGCAGCACCCCUGCAGGCCAGCGAGGCUGCCAUCCUCCGCGAGAAGUGCCAGGAGUUCGAGAUCCAGCAGCAUGCCUUCCGGGAGACUUUCCAGGGAAAAGCCCCUUUUUCAUACACGGAUCCAAACCCCUACAAAUCACUGAACAAGCAACAGAAGAGCGUCGCAGCCAUGGAGAGGGACAUGGCUGCCCUGGCCACCUCAGCUGCCCUGUUUGAGGUGUCAGUCCCAGAGUACAAACAGCUCAAAGCGUGUCGCAGGGAGCUGCGCCUGCUGAAGGAGCUCUGGGACAUGGUCAGCCUGGUGAACAUGAGCAUUGACACCUGGAAGACGACCAAGUGGAGUGAGCUCAACGUUGAGGAUAUGGAUAUUGAGUGCAAGAAAUUUGCUAAAGACAUCCGGAGCUUGGAUAAGGAGGUGAAGAGCUGGGACGCAUUCACAGGGCUGGACAGCAACAUGAAGAACAUGAUCACAUCUCUGCGUGCUGUGAGCGAGCUGCAGAACCCAGCCAUCAGGGACCGGCACUGGCAGGAGCUCGUGCAGGCAACUAAGGUGAAGUUCACCAUGUCCGAGGACACCACCCUCGCGGAUCUGCUGCAGCUGAACCUGCACAAGUUCGAGGAGGAGGUUCGCGGCAUCGUGGACAAAGCCACGAAGGAGGCAGGGAUGGAGAAGGUGCUGAAAACCCUGGAUACUACCUGGGCAGCAAUGCAGUUUGAGUACGAGCCCCACACCAGGACUGGGCUCCCACUGCUCAAGGCAGAUGAGUUGCUCAUCGAGACGCUGGAGGACAACCAAGUGCAGCUGCAGAAUGUGUUAGCGUCCAAGUACCGAGCCUUCUUCCUCCGGGAGGCACAGGACUGGCAGCAGAAGCUGUCAACAGCUGAUGCCGUUAUCAGCACCUGGUUUGAGGUGCAGAGGAAGUGGGGUCACCUGGAAACAAUAUUCAUCGCCUCUGAAGACACCCGCAACCAACUGCCAGAGGAGUCAAAGAAGUUUGAUACCAUCGACGAAGAUUUCCGAGAGCUAAUGGCUGACGCAGAAAAAACUCCCAACGUGAUUGAAUGCACCAACAAGCCCAGGCUGCACGAGCGGCUGGAAGCGCUGCAGGACAGGCUGGAGGUCUGUGAGAAGGCCUUGGCUGAAUACCUCGAGACCAAAAGACUGGCUUUUCCCCGGUUCUACUUUGUCUCCUCUGCGGACCUGCUGGAUAUUUUAUCAAAGGGGACCGAGCCCCUUGAGGUGUCCCGGCACCUGACGAAGCUGUUCGACAGUGUGGCCAAGCUGAAGUUCCAGCUGAGCUCAGACAAGAAGCCCCUGAAGGUGGCCCAGGGGAUGUUCAGCCGGGACGGGGAGUACGUGCCCUUCGACGCAGACUGUGACCUGUCUGGCCAGGUUGAGAUUUGGCUGAACCGGGUGCUGGAGCGCAUGCGCGCGACACUGCGACAGCUCCUCCCCCAGGCCCUGGUCACCUACGAGGAAAAGCCACGGGACGAGUGGGUGUUCGACUACCCAGCACAGGUUGCCCUGACAUGCACCCAGAUCGCGUGGACCUCAGAGGUCGGUGUUGCCUUUUCAAGUCUGCAGAAAGGCUAUGAGAACGCCCUGAAGGACUAUAACAAAAAGCAGAUCGCUCGGCUGAAUGCCCUCAUUUCCCUGCUCCUUGGGAACCUGAGUCCUGGAGACAGGAUGAAGAUUAUGACAAUCUGUACCAUUGAUGUCCACUCCAGGGACGUUGUGGCCAAAAUGAUCCAAACAAAGGUGGAGAGCGACCAGGCAUUCGCCUGGCAGUCCCAGCUCCGGCACCGCUGGGACGAGGGGAAGAAGCACUGCUAUGCCAACAUCUGCGACGCUCAGCUCCAGUACGCCUACGAGUACCUGGGCAACACCCCCCGGCUGGUCAUUACCCCCUUGACAGACAGGUGCUACAUCACCCUGACACAGUCCCUCCACCUCUACAUGGGCGGGGCCCCCGCAGGCCCUGCAGGCACUGGCAAGACAGAGACUACCAAGGACCUGGGCCGGGCAGUGGGCAUAAUGGUCUACGUGUUCAACUGCUCUGAGCAGAUGGACUACAAGUCCUGUGGGAACAUCUACAAGGGACUGGCUCAGACAGGCGCCUGGGGCUGCUUUGACGAGUUCAAUCGCAUUUUGGUGGAGGUCCUGUCUGUCAUCGCGGUGCAGGUGAAAUGUAUUCAAGAUGCAAUCCGUGCCAAGAAGAAAACAUUCAACUUCCUUGGAGAGAUCAUCUCCCUGGUGCCAUCAGUCGGGCUGUUCAUCACCAUGAACCCUGGCUACGCCGGGCGCACGGAGCUGCCUGAGAAUCUAAAGGCUCUGUUCAGACCCUGCGCCAUGGUGGUCCCUGAUUUUGAACUCAUCUGUGAAAUCAUGCUUGUGGCAGAGGGGUUUCUCGAUGCCAGGCUCCUGGCAAGAAAGUUCAUCACUCUGUACACACUCUGCAAAGAGCUGUUGUCGAAACAGGACCACUAUGACUGGGGGCUGCGAGCCAUCAAGUCCGUGCUGGUGGUGGCGGGCUCCUUGAAGAGGGGGGACCCCGGCUGUGCCGAGGACCAGGUUCUGAUGAGAGCUUUACGAGACUUCAACAUCCCCAAGAUCGUGACAGAUGACUUGCCGGUGUUCAUGGGGCUGAUUGGAGACCUGUUCCCAGCGCUGGACGUCCCCAGGAAGAGGGACCUCAACUUUGAGAAGGUCAUCCGUGAGUCCGUGCUGGAGCUGAAGCUGCAGGCAGAGGAGAACUUCGUGCUGAAGGUGGUGCAGCUGGAGGAGCUGCUGCAAGUGCGACACUCUGUCUUCGUCGUCGGCAAUGCCGGCUGCGGCAAGUCCCAGGUGCUGAAGUCGCUCAACAAAACAUACCAAAAGCUGCAGCGGAGGCCGGUCACCGUGGACCUCGACCCCAAGGCUGUGACCUGCGAUGAACUGUUUGGGGUCAUUCAUCCGGCCACACGGGAGUGGAAGGAUGGUCUGUUCUCCACAGCGAUGCGUGACCUGGCCAACAUCACACAUGACGGGCCCAAGUGGAUCAUCCUCGAUGGAGACAUUGAUCCCAUGUGGAUUGAGUCCCUGAACACAGUCAUGGAUGACAAUAAGGUUCUAACCUUGGCCAGCAACGAGCGUAUCCCCCUCACCCCCACCAUGAGGCUCAUCUUUGAGAUCAGCCAUCUGCGGACAGCCACGCCAGCCACCGUGUCCCGCGCGGGAAUCCUCUACAUCAACCCCGCGGACCUGGGCUGGAACCCCAUUGUGACCAGCUGGAUUGAGACGAGGACAGUAAAGUCUGAGAAGGCUGUUCUGAUGAUCCUCUUUGACAAGUACCUGCCACCAUGCCUGGAGAAGCUCAGGUCUGGGUUCAAGACAAUCACCCCUGUCCCCGAGGUCACGGCCAUACAGACAGUGCUGUCCCUGCUGGAAUGUCUCCUGACGCCAAAGAAUGUCCCACCAGACUCGCCCCGGGAGCAAUAUGAGCUCUACUUUGUCUUCGCCUGUACCUGGGCCUUUGGCGGGGCCUUGUUCCAGGACCAGCUGGUGGAUCACCGGCAGCAGUUCAGCAAGUGGUGGCUGACAGAUUUUAAAGCCAUCAAGUUUCCUAAUGAGGGGACAAUUUUUGACUAUUACAUUGAUCCGGCAACAAAGACAUUCAUGCCUUGGGAUGAAAGAGUGCCACAGUUCGAGCUCGACCCUGAAGUCCCCUUACAGGCCGCCAUGGUGCACACCACAGAGACCAUCCGCCUCCGCUACUUCCUGGACCUGCUGAUGGAGAAGCGGCAACCAGUGAUGCUGGUGGGGAACGCAGGGACGGGAAAGUCGGUCCUAAUGUGGGACAAGCUGGGAGCCCUUGGCACAGACGAAUAUCUGGUGCAGUCUGUGCCCCUCAACUUCUACACCACCUCAGCCAUGCUGCAGGCUGUCCUUGAGAAGCCCCUGGAGAAGAAAUCGGGAAGAAUCUAUGGCCCACCCGGCUCCAGAAGGCUGGUCUACUUUAUUGACGACAUGAACAUGCCAGAGGUGGACAAGUAUGGCACCGUGGCACCACACACGCUCAUCCGGCAGCACCUGGACCAUGGGCACUGGUACGACAGGACCAAACUGACCCUGAAGGACAUUCGCAACUGCCAGUACGUGGCCUGCAUGAACCCAACCGCGGGGUCCUUCACCAUCGACUCACGGCUGCAGCGCCACUUCUGCGUCCUUGCCGUGAGCUUUCCCAGCCGGGAGGCGCUGCACACGGUGUAUGGCACCAUCCUGGAGCAGCACCUGGCCCGGCAGCAGAUGUCACAAGCUCUUCAGAAGAUGCAGCCCCAGCUGGUAGCAGCAGCACUGGCCCUGCACCAGAAGGUUUCCUCCAACUUUCUGCCAACAGCAGUUAAGUUCCACUACCUCUUCAACCUGCGGGACCUCUCCAACAUAUUUCAGGGACUGCUCUUCUCCACCCCUGAGUGCCUGAAAAGCCCUGUGGACUUGGUGCGUCUCUGGCUUCAUGAAGCAGAGAGGGUGUACGGAGACAAGCUCGUUGACGAAGAGGAUCAGACCAGCUUCAGGAAGCUGCUGGUGGACAUCUGCAAAGCUGCCUUUCAAGACCUCAGCGAAGACGUAGUGUUUGCCAAGCCCAACAUCUACUGCCACUUCGCCCAGGGCUUUGAUGAGCCCAAGUACAUGCCAGUGCCAAGCUGGUCAACUCUGAGUGACCUGCUGGGGGAAGCCCUGGACAGCUAUAACGAGGUGAACGCAGCAAUGAACCUGGUGCUCUUUGAAGACGCAGUGUCUCACAUUUGCAGAAUUAGCAGGAUCCUGGAGUCUCCUCGGGGCAAUGCGCUACUGGUGGGGGUGGGAGGCAGCGGGAAGCAGAGCCUGGCACGGCUGGCAGCUCACAUCAGCAACCUGAGCGUGUUCCAGAUCACACUGAGGAAAGGCUACAGCACCGCAGACCUGAAGGUGGACCUGGCCUCCCAGUACCUCAAGGCAGCCGUGAAGAACGUCCCCACCGUGUUCCUGAUGACGGACUCCCAGGUGGCUGAAGAAUCGUUCCUGGUUCUAAUCAAUGAUUUCUUGGCGUCUGGGGAAGUGCCAGGUCUCUUUCAGGAUUCUGACCUGGAAACCAUCAUCGGUGCCAUGAGACCCCAAGUGAAGUCCCUUGGAUUGGAGGAUACAAAGGAAAACUGCUGGAAAUUCUUUAUAGAAAAAGUCCGGCGCCAGUUAAAGGUCGUCCUCUGCUUCUCCCCCGUGGGCUCAACCCUGCGUGUGCGGGCCAGGAGGUUCCCUGCCGUGGUCAACUGCACGGCCAUCGACUGGUUCCACGAGUGGCCAGAGGACGCUCUCGUGUCUGUCAGCAGCAGGUUCCUGGAGGAAACGGAGGACAUUGAGCCAGAGGUCAAAGUCUCCAUCAGCCAGUUCAUGUCCUUCGUCCACACGAGCUCCAAGGAGAUGUCCAAGAUCUACCUGGCCGUGGAGAGACGCUAUAAUUACACCACGCCAAAGACCUUCUUGGAGCAGAUAAAGCUCUACCAAAGCCUGCUGGCGAGUAAAAGGAGCAAGCUGGCUGCCAGCAUCGAGAGGCUGGAGAAGGGGUUGAUGAAGCUGCAGAGCACAGCAUCACAGGUGGACGACCUGAAAGCCAUGCUGGCAAUCCAGGAGGCAGAGCUGAAGCAGAAGAACGAGGACACGGAUAAACUGAUCCACGUGGUGGGUGUUGAGACAGAGAAGGUCACCAAGGAGAAAGCCAUUGCUGAUGAGGAGGAGCUGAAGGUCGAGGCCAUUAACAAGGUCGUGGCUGAGAAGCAACAAGCCUGCGCAAGUGAACUGGCAGAAGCAGAGGUGGUGCUCUCUGCUGCCCGCGAGGCCCUCAACACACUCAACAAGUACAACCUGACAGAGCUGAAGUCCUUCGGGGCUCCGCCCCCAGAAGUGGUGAAUGUGAUGGCAGCUGUGCUGAUUCUGACGGCCGAAAAUGGCAAGAUUCCAAAGGACAAGAGCUGGACAGCAGCAAAAGUCAAGAUAGGAAAAGCAGACACUUUCCUUUCAAGCUUACAAAACUACGACGGGGAAAACAUCCCUGAGCCCUGUCUCAAGGCAUUUCAGCCGUACCGGUCAGACCCUGGGUUUGAUCCCGAGUUCAUCAAGUCCAAAUCAACAGCUGCAGCAGGGCUGUGCUCCUGGUGCCUCAACAUGGUCCGCUACUACGAGGUGCACUGCGAGGUGAAGCCCAAGAGGCAGGCGGUGGCUGACGCUGAUGCCGAGCUGGCCGAGGCGCAGCAGAGGCUCAGUCGCAUUAAGAGCAAAAUUGUGACCCUGAAUGCCAAUCUGGCGACUCUCACUGCUCAGUUUGAGAAAGCCACAGCAGAGAAGAUCAAAUGCCAGCAGGAGGCUGAUGAAACCAACAAAGUCAUCACCUUGGCAAACAGGCUCGUUGGGGGUCUGGCAUCCGAAAACGUCCGCUGGGCUGAGUCAGUGGGCCAGCUCAAAGAGCAGGGGAAGACGCUGUGCGGGGAUGUGCUGCUGGUGUCCGCCUUUGUGUCCUACGUCGGAUAUUUCACCAAGAAGUACAGAGCUGAGCUGAUGGAGCAGCACUGGAUCCCCUUCCUCAACGGGCUGACGGUGCCCAUCCCCAUCACCCCAGGCCUGGACCCCCUCAGCCUCCUCACGGACUCUGCCGAUGUGGCUGCCUGGAACAACCAGGGGCUGCCCAGCGACCGCACCUCCACCGAGAAUGCUGCCAUUCUCUGCAGCACCCAGCGGUGGCCACUGCUCGUGGACGCCCAGCUCCAGGGCAGCAAGUGGAUCAAGAACAAAUACGGGGAGGAGCUGCAGGUCGUCCGCCUGGGCCAGCGGAGGUACCUGGACACAAUCGCGCAGGCAGUCUCUGAAGGACAGACGCUGCUGAUCGAGGACAUUGGUGAGACGGUGGAGGCGGUGCUGGACCCACUGCUGGGCAAGACCAUCUUGGGCAGAUACAUUAGGAUUGGAGAUAAAGAAGUGGAAUAUCACCAGCAGUUCCGCUUGAUCCUGCACACCCGUUGUUUCAACCCGCACUACAAGCCGGAGGUGCAGGCUCAGUGCACUCUCAUCAACUUCUUGGUGACACGGGAGGGCCUGGAGGACCAGCUUCUGGCUGCGGUGGUGGCCCGGGAGCGGCCGGACCUGGAGACCCUGAAGGCAAACCUAACCAAGAGCCAGAACGAGUUCAAGAUCAAGCUGAAGGAGCUGGAGGACUCACUGCUCGCCCGGCUGUCGGCUGCUGGGGGAGACUUCCUGCGGGACACAGCUCUGGUGGAAAACCUGGAAACAACAAAGCGCACAGCCAAGGAAAUCGAGGAAAAAGUGAAAGAAGCUAAAGUCACCGAAGUACAAAUAAACGUCGCGAGAGAGAACUACCGCCCAGCGGCAGAGCGCGCGUCCCUGCUGUACUUCAUCCUGAGCGACCUCGGCAAGAUCAACCCCAUCUACCAGUUCUCUCUCAAGGCCUUCAAUGGAGUUUUCGAGAAAGCCAUCCAGCGUGCGGCCCCCAGCCAGGACACCAAGCAAAGGGUGGUCAACCUGACAGACCAGAUCACCUACUCAGUCUAUAUGUACACAGCACAGGGCCUCUUUGAGAGAGACAAACUCAUCUUCCUGGCCCAGGUUGCCUUCCAGGUCCUGACCAUCAAGAAAGAAGUGAACCCAGCAGAGCUGGACUUUCUCCUGCGCUUCCCUUCCAAGGCCGGCGUCACUUCUCCCGUGGACUUCCUGCAGACCCAGGGCUGGGGUGCUGUCAAGGCUCUCUCAGACAUGGAAGAGUUCAGGAACCUGGACAGUGACAUAGAGAACUCGGCAAAGCGAUGGAAAAGGUUUGUGGAGAUGGAGGCACCAGAAAAGGAGGCGCUCCCCAUGGACUGGAAGAACAAGUCAGCCCUGCAGAAGCUGUGCGUGCUGCGGUGCCUGCGCCCCGACAGGAUGACCUAUGCCAUCAAGAAAUUUGUGGAAGAGAAGAUGGGGAAGAAGUAUGUGGAAGGAAGGAGCAUUGACCUCUCUGAGGUGUACAAGGAGAGCAGCCCUUCCACACCCCUGUUCUUCAUCCUCUCCCCUGGCGUGGAUCCACUGAAAGAUGUAGAGGCGCUGGGCACGAGGCUGAACUUCACCAUUGACAACGGGAAGAUCCACAACGUGUCACUGGGGCAGGGCCAGGAGGUCGUGGCAGAACAGGCCAUGGAGGUGGCUGCUGAGCAGGGCCACUGGGUCAUCCUACAGAACAUCCAUCUGGUGGCCCGGUGGCUGGACACACUGGACAAGCUGGUGGAGCAGCACAGCAUGGAGAGCCACCCCGAGUACCGGCUGUUCAUGAGCGCCGAGCCAGCCGGCAGCCCCGAGUCGCACAUCAUCCCGCAGGGGCUGCUGGAAAACUCCAUCAAAAUCACCAGCGAGCCGCCGACAGGCAUGCGUGCCAACCUGCACAGGGCCCUCGACCUCUUCUCCCAGGAAACACUGGAGCAGUGCAGCAAGGAGACCGAGUUCAGGUGCAUCCUGUUUGCACUCUGCUACUUCCACGCAGCGGUGGCCGAGCGGCGCAGGUUUGGCACCCAGGGCUGGAACAGGCCCUACCCCUUCAACAGCGGCGACCUGACCGUCUCCGUUAACGUCCUGCACAACUACCUGGAGGCCAACGCCAAGGUACCAUGGGAUGAUCUCCGGUACCUCUUUGGCGAGAUCAUGUACGGAGGGCACAUCACUGAUGACUGGGACCGCCGGCUGUGCCGCACGUACCUGAGCGAGUACGUCCAGCCGGAGAUGCUGGAAGGGGAGGUGUUCCUGGCUCCAGGGUUUGCAGUCCCUCCCCGCCUGGAUUACCAGGACUACCACCAGUACAUCGACGACAACCUGCCAGGCGAGAGCCCCCACCUGUACGGCCUGCACCCCAACGCAGAGAUGGGCUUCCUGACCGUCACCUCGGACAGGCUCUUCCGCACCGUCCUGGAACUGCAGCCCAAGGAAUCUGAGGCUGGUGGAGGCGCAGGUGGUUCCCGGGAGGAACAGGUGAAGUCAGUCCUGGAUGAGAUCAUGGGGCAGCUGCCAGAGCCGUUCAAUAUGGAGGAGCUGAUGGCGAAGGCAAAGGAGAAAACUCCAUACACAGUUGUUGCCCUCCAGGAAUGUGAGAGGAUGAACAUCCUGACCAACGAGAUCAGGCGCUCGCUGAAGGAGCUGGACCUGGGCCUGCAGGGAGAGCUGACAAUUACAUCAGAGAUGGAAGAGCUGGGAAAUGCUCUCUUCUAUGACAGCAUUCCAGAAUCCUGGACACGUCAUGCUUAUCCCUCCCUCCUCAGCUUGGGAACCUGGUAUGCAGACCUGCUCCUGCGGAUCAGGGAACUGGAAGUCUGGGCAACAGACUUUGUGCUGCCUGCAACAGUGUGGCUGGCGGGAUUCUUCAACCCCCAGUCCUUCCUCACAGCCAUCAUGCAGUCCACAGCCAGGAAAAAGCAGUGGCCACUGGAUAAGAUGUGUCUGGCGACAGAAGUGACUAAGAAAACCCGGGAGGACAUAACAUUUCCACCCAGAGAAGGCUCCUAUGUGCACGGGCUGUUCAUGGAAGGUGCGCGCUGGGAUGUGGCCUCAGGGUCGAUUGCCGACGCGCUGCUGAAGGAGCUGACGCCCGCCAUGCCAGUCAUCUUGCUCAGAGCCAUCCCUGUGGACCGCGUGGACACCAUCAACAUCUACGAAUGUCCCGUCUACAAGACACGGAUGCGAGGGCCCACCUACGUCUGGACCUUCAACCUGAAGACAAAAGAAAAAGCUGCCAAGUGGGUCCUGGCUGGUGUGGCUCUGCUCCUAGAGGCCUGA